UCCCCGGCACUGUUCUUGGGAAAUAUAAUUACUUUCCCCAUUUUUCAUAAUACUAAAUUAUGGAAACAUUUCCAGACUAUUACGCAAUUCUCAACGUUUCCGAAACUGCCACAGCUGAUGAAAUUCGAGAAGCUUAUAAGCGUAAAGCUCUUGAAACUCACCCAGACAGAUAUGCUUCAGGCUCGAAAGAUUCAGAGAUAAAUCCAAGACUUUCUCAAGAGGAAGCAAAAAUACAUUUUCAAAAGGUGGCUGAUGCUUAUUUCGUUCUCAGCGAUAAGGAAAGGAGGGCACAAUAUGAUAAUACGAGAGCGACUCGAAAGAAACGGCAAGGAAAUUCAUGGCAAACAUCACAGGCUAAUCCAGAUCAAGUUUUUGGCGAUGUAUUUGAAGACUUAUUGAGAUCAGAAGUAGAUAAUCCAUCAUGGUUCUAUGCACCUGUUGGUGCUGUUACUGGCGCAUGUCUUGGAUUUAUUUGUGGUAAUGUGCCUGGUUUGAUAAUAGGUGCUUAUGCGGGGAAUAAAUUAGGCGCUAUUAGAGAUGCGAAAGGUAUGUCUGUUUACGAUGCGUAUUCAAGACUUAAUGGUAAUCGUAAAGCAGCAAUCCUGGCCGCACUUGCUUCUAAACUGAUUACUGCUGGACGAAUUUAAAAUAAAUGAUGCUUACGUCAAUCGUAAUCGUAACCCUUUAUCAAUUAGUCAAAUUGAAUUUGACACCCUUUUUAACUCUAAUUAAUUAAACUAGUAUAUUAUUAAUAAUAUUAUUGGAUUAAAUACUAAUCCUUUUCACUAUAAACACUCAAAAAAAGUUUUUAAUUUUAUGUUCUUAAUUUUUUGGGGGGGUUUUUUU